GAGGUCCUAGAUUUCAUCCUGGUUCAGCGCUUCAAAGUUCAAAACCCUUGGCCAUUUUUGUCCGAAAACCCAGCAAAAAGAUUUGGGUCCGUGUCCGUUACCAAAUUAUCUACUUGGUACCCGAAUUCAGGUGCUCGAUCAUGGCGUCUAGCAGUAAAGUCAGCCAAUCCAUCAAUUGUUUGAUUCGUAAGCUUUAAGGAAUCUCUGUGAUGAUUCGCCUUAACAUCUCACCGAACAUUCCGUCCCUUCUUCAAACCCGUUUUCGCUUCUGAAUCUUCGCCUUUUUUUUUUCUCGCAUUUGAUUUGUUGUUGGAGGAGGUAAAUCAGGAAAUGAUGAAGCUGGGCCGGAGGAGCAACAGUUUCCGAGGAGCGUUGCCGUUGGAUUCGUCCUCCGACGGGAAAUCGCCGGCGACGGUUGUGUGGCUUGUGCUUCACGCGCUCUGUUGUCUGAUUAGUUUGGUACUUGGCUUCAGAUUCUCCCGUUCCGUCUUUUUCCUUUUCUUAUCCAACUCCUCCACUCCCAGUAAUACCCUAUACUCUCUCCCCGCCCUCUCCGUUCUAGAGGCGCCGGCGAACGGGACGGUUUCGAGCAGCCGCGUGGUGGUUGGGCGGCACGGGAUCUUAAUACGGCCGUGGCCGCAUCCCAAUUCGACUGAGGUGAUGCAGGCUCACAAGAUAAUCGAGAUCGUUCAGAGGGAACAGAGGUUUCAAUAUGGCGUCAAAACUCCCAGGACUGUGAUCGCUAUAACUCCCACCUAUGUUCGAACCUUCCAGACUUUGCACCUCACCGGAGUGAUGCAUUCGCUGAUGAAUGCCCCGUACAAUGUCAUCUGGAUUGUCGUGGAAGCCGGCGGAAUCACAAACGAGACUUCCUCGUUGCUAGCCAAGUCGGGGCUCCGGACUAUCCACAUCGGAUUCCGCGAGAAAAUGCCGAUUCUAUGGAAGCAUCGCCAGAAAUUGGAGUCCAAAAUGCGAGUUCAUGCUUUGAGACAUGUAAGAGAUGAGAAGCUAGAUGGGAUAGUGAUGUUUGCGGAUGAUAGUAAUAUGCACAGUCUCGAGUUAUUCGAUGAGAUCCAAAAGGCCAAAUGGGUUGCCGCAAUGUCUGUUGGCAUUCUUGCUCAUUCAGGGGGUGCCGAGGCAAAGCAUAUGCAACUGCCUGUUCAAGGUCCGGCUUGCAAUUCGUCAAACAAUCUAAUAGGUUGGCAUACGUUUGAUUCGUCCCCUUACUUGGAGAAGAGUGCAAGAUACGUUGGAGACAAGGCAGUCGUUUUGCCCGGGAAGUUCGAAUGGGCUGGCUUUGUGUUGAAUUCUAGGUUAGUUUGGAAAGAUGCUGAAGACAAGCCGGAAUGGGUUAAGGAUUUGGAUAGUAUAGUGGAGGCUGGAGAAGAUAUUGACAGCCCGCUUUCUUUGCUGAAGGAUUCUUCGGUCGUGGAACCUCUAGGAAAUUGUGGGCGCAAGGUUAUGCUUUGGUGGCUCCGUGUUGAGGCAAGGGCAGACAGUAAAUUCCCUGCCAGAUGGAUAAUCGACCCACCGUUGGAUGUUACUGUCCCAGCAAAACGCACACCAUGGCCAGAUGCUCCUCCUGAACUGCCUACCACUGAAAAGUUAAUCAGCAUCCAAGAGAACACCGAGAAACGCACUACAAAACCACGAUCUAGAAGACGCAGUUCCAGGAAGAGAAAGCAUGUGGCAAGGAACAUUGAUAUGCAAGCCUCAUCUACUAGUCGUUCUGGGGAGAAUUAGUUAAGUUGAUAUACAACUAUACAAGCCUCAUCUACAUACUAGGGCGUUACGGGGAGGGAGAAGUAGCCAACGACAUUUGGAGAGUUAUCCACGCUGUGAAUACUCAGUCUACAAGCCUCAACUUCGAGACUACAUUACUACAUCUACAUGAAGUCAGCUAUAUAGCAGUUGAUACAACAUACCUUUUUUUUUUUCGUGUUGAUUUCAUUCUUUCUUUUUGCCCCUUUUGCCUUCUCCUCUCAUCGCUUUGUGAUUUGAGUGAUUAGAGUUGUGAUCCCCCAGAGAGGAGCUCAGCUGAAAUCUCCCCUUCUUCCAUUAUACACGUGAUUCCAUUAGCUCAAGCUCAAAUACAUUCUUGCUUAAUUUUCCUUUUUUGAAUAUUAUAUAUUGUGAAUAUAAAUUUAUAAACUUCCCUUCCAAUUGUUGCAGUCACAUAACUGGCAUGAGUCUGAACUCUGAACUGAGAUCAAUGAAAUGGUUGUCUACUUGCAACCCUGUGGCCUGGCUUUAACAGUUGAAGUAUAGUACACCAGCCAGGGUAUUAUGUAAGACUGUAAUGUUAAGUAUGAUGGGUAAAAUGCAUUUUGAUC